GUUUCCGCCUUCAACCUGUCCCGCCCCCUGACUGGCUGUCAUGGCGGCGCAAGCGGAGAGCUGGAGCUGGUUUACAGCUUUAGCUGUGGGAGUUUCUCUGUUCAAAUGUCUCUUCAUCAACGCUUAUCACUCCACAGACUUUGAGGUCCACAGGAACUGGCUGGCCAUCACCAACAGCCUACCGCUAUCCCGUUGGUACCAUGAGAACUCGUCGGAGUGGACGCUGGACUACCCGCCGCUGUUCGCCUGGCUGGAGCGGGGCCUUGCGCAGGCGGCGCGCCACUGGGACGGCGACAUGCUGCGGCUGGACAACCUGAACUACGCCAGUCCGGCCACGGUUCUGUUCCAGAGGCUCUCGGUGGUCUGCACCGACCUGCUGUUCAUCUACGCGGCCAGAGAGUGCUGCCGGUGCAUUCGGGUGCAGAAAGCGCCGCAGGUCAUUCUGUGCCGGCCGUCCUUCGUCCUCGCUGUGCUGCUGCUCUGGAACUUCGGCCUCCUCAUCGUCGACCACAUCCACUUCCAGUACAACGGCUUCCUGUUCGGCUUCCUGCUGCUCUCUGUGGCCAGACACCUGCAGUCUCGCCACCUGCAGGGGGCGCUGCUGUUUGCCGUGCUGCUCAACCUGAAGCACAUCUUCUUGUACGUGGCGCCGGCUUAUGGGAUCUUCCUCCUGAGGAGUUACUGCUUCACCCUGGACCGGCCAGACGGCUCCAUCAGGUGGAGCAGCUUCGCUCCGCUGCGGCUGCUGGCGCUGGGCGGCAUCGUCAUCUCCGUCUUCGCUCUGUCCUUUGGCCCCUUUGUUGCCAUGGGCCAGCUGUCCCAGGUGGUGUCGCGGCUCUUCCCCUUCAGGCGGGGCCUCUGCCACGCCUACUGGGCCCCCAACGCCUGGGCGCUCUACAGUGGCGCCGACAAGGCGCUGGCGGUGCUUGGCGUCCGUCUGAAGCUGCUGCAGGAGGCGGAGCUUCCCCGGGCCGCCAUGACGGGGGGACUGGUCCAGGAGAUCCAGCACGCCGUCCUGCCGUCCGUCCCUCCGGCCGCCACGCUGCUCUGCACGGUGCUAGCUAUUCUGCCGGCACUGGUCUCCAUCUGGCGCCAUCGCCGUGGCAACCGGGCCUUCCUGCGCUGCCUGCUGCUCUGCGCUCUGGCCUCCUUCCUGUUCGGCUGGCACGUUCACGAGAAAGCCAUCCUGCUGGCCGUGCUGCCGCUCAGCAUCCUGGCUGUGGAGAGCAGAGAGGAUGCUGGGAUCUUCCUGGUCCUAUCCACCACUGGACAUUACUCCCUGUUCCCGCUGCUAUUCACCCCCGCAGAGAUGAUUAUCAAGGUGUGUCUGAUGCUGAUGUUCACUAUCUACUCCUUCACUGCCUUGGGAAACCUGCACAGGUCUCAGGGUUCUCUGCUCCGCCCCAUGGAGGUCGCCUACCUGCUGGGGCUGGCUACCGUGGCGAUUGCCUGCGAGUUCAUCUUUCCAUUGUCGCCAUGGCGACAGAAACUGCCGUUCCUCCCACUGCUGGCGACCUCUGUGUACUGCGCUGUUGGCGUCAGCUACUCAUUUCUGAGGCUCUACGCCACUCUGCUGCGCAUCGACGACAAACGCAAACAGCUCUGAGGUCACGAGGUCAACAGGGGGCAGGGCCACCUCUCACACACACAACUGAACUACUGGGGACCAGGAGAGAACGGACUUAUCUGGUUCUGGUCGGCG